UAAUGCUUAACAAUAUUCACGGAAAAACACCAAAAUUAUGCAAUAGGAGUAGAUAAACAUAUUUAACACCCUGUAUAAGGUGGGCAUUUAAAGAGCUUUAAAUGGGCUAUUAAAAAUGAAUUUGUGAAAAUGCCGGAUGUUUAAAGAGAUUUAAGGGCAAUUAUAGUGAAACGGGUAAUUUUGAAAGUAUUUGUAAGAAAAAAUAGGUAAAUUGCGUUUUAUUUAAAGAAAUCAAAUAUGGCGGUAAAAUGACGUGUUGGUGAUGACGCAGGAGGUGAGUUUGGUGCAUGAGGGAAGGCAUCUAGAAUGGUACUGAGCGUUUUUCGUGAGGUUUCACUAGUGAAUUUGCCCCCAAAACGCACAUAAAACAGGUUGAGUAGUUUAUAGAGGCGCGAUUGGAAGUUUUGUUUCAUAUGCUUUUCUGCAUCAGGAGAGUGAACAACAGUAAAAGCGCAUGCGCCGCACUGUGUGUUUAGAUAGGAGGCAUGCGCGUUUCAGUUACAAGUUGUGUCUCGGAAAAUGGCGUCAGCUAAGUUUCUCGAGGAAGCUCUAAGUACAGAUGUUGACGAAUCGGCUGUAAGUGCAAUUGUGGGCUCCUUGGAAACCCAGCUAGUCACGUCGGCGCCCCCAGCAGCAGCUCAGACGGGAGCGGGCGCCCUUUUAAAUCAAAACCACGUAAACGGCGGGAUAGUUGCCCCUCAAAAACAUGGGACUAUCGCCAACGGUGACUCGAUCAGUGUAAACUCGACGGACGGAAACAAAACACAACCCAACCCCGUCAAAAUCGUCUACACGCAGGGCCAAGCAGUGAACCAGGUUAUGGCCAGCCAGGGGGGGACCAUCAUCCCCCCCAACAGGCUCUCCUUGCCCAACGGCACGAUCUCACUGCAAAACAAACAACAACCCACUUUAGUUAUUAAGACUAGCACGGCGCAGACCGGUGCUGCCGGUGCCCCCGGGAUAGUGACAGUGCCCAUGAAUGUGACUUCGAAUAUGCCCCAAGCAAAUAACCAGGGGGCGUUACUGUUGAAGACUGAAAAUGGACAGUAUCAGCUACUCAGGGUCGGACCGGCCCCGCAGGGCGCCAACAUGACUGCAACGUCGCAACCCGGCGCACAGCCAGUCACCUUUCGAAUGCAAACUGUCGCAACGCAACCACAAAUAAGUACUGCCACAAGUCCAGCACAAGUGGGAGGGACUACGACAGUGACAUCUACGCCACAGACUACCGGACAAGCUGCGAAUGCGCCGCAGGUGAAUUUAAAAGACAAUACCAAAGAAAAGUGCCGAAAGUUCCUAGCCAACCUGUUGGAGCUGUCCAGUCGGGAGCCGAAGCCGGUGGAAAAGAGCGUGAGGACGCUGAUACAAGAACUGAUCGAUAUGAGGGUGGAACCGGAAGAUUUUUGCGACAAACUGGAAAAAUUACUGAACGCCUCUCCACAACCGUGCCUAAUUGGAUUUUUGAAGAAAAGUCUACCAAUGCUGCGCUACUCCCUGGCGACGCAUGAGUUAACAAUAGAAGGAAUCCGUCCCCCGCCCUCCAAUGUGGUGUUCUCCGUGGCGGGAGGGACGCCGACUGUUUCGCCAGCAGUGAGACCAACUGUUGCCACACAAAACCAGGUCAGGUUGGUGACGCCGGGGACGGUGGUGCGACCGGCCGGCGGCCAGGUUCUGCAGCAGCGACUGGUGACGCCGCUGAGAAGUCCGGCGCCGGGAGCGGCGCGCAUGGUCUCCGCCAUCCGACAGCAGGGGGCCGCCAACGUGAUCGUGAGCAGCUCGCAGCCGCCCGCGCUGCAUCCGGUCUAUCCGAACAAUCAAGUGAGAACGGUGGGAGCGGCGGGCGGCCAGGUGCGGCAGCCGGUGACGGUGCGGGCGGGCGCCGCGGGCGCGAACCUGCAGGCCAAGCAGACGGCGGGCGCCGGCCACCUCAGGGUGGGCGGAGGCGCCAAACCCACGGUGCCUUCGACGCUGAACCGUCUGGCGCAGGCCAAGGAGAAGGAGAAGAAGACGUUCUCGUCGGCGUACACCGGCGACGACGACAUCAACGACGUGGCCGCCAUGGGGGGCGUCAAUCUGGCCGAGGAGUCGCAAAAAAUUCUAGGAUCCACGGAGUUCGUGGGAACGAAAAUCCGAUCGUGCAAGGAGGAGCUGAUGUGCUCGAUGGUGCCGUUGCAGCAGAAAAUCCGGCAGAUAAUGCAGAUGCACGGGCUGGACGAGCCUAGCGCCGACGUGGCCGCGUGCCUGUCGCACGCGGCGCAGGAGCGCGUCAAAAACCUGCUGGAAAAGUUGGCGAUCAUCACCGAGCACCGGCUCGAGGUCGUCAAGUCGGAUCAGCGGUACGAGGUGACGCACGAUGUUAAAGGUCAAUUAAAGUUCUUGGAAGACUUGGACAAGGCGGAGCGCAAGAAGCACGAGGAGCUCGAGCGGGAGAUCCUGCUGCGCGCGGCGAAGAGCCGAUCGAAAACGGAGGACCCCGAGCAGGCGAAGCUGAAGGCGAAGGCGAAAGAGAUGCAGCGCGUCGAGAUGGAGGAGCUGCGGCAGCGGGAGGCGAACGCCACCGCGCUCCAGGCCAUCGGGCCGAGGAAAAAGCCCCGCCUCGACGGCGACGGCUCGUCCGCGGGCUCGCAGGCCAACGCGGGCUUCAGCAGCGGCAUGCGCGGCCAGAUGCCGCUGCGACAGCGGAUGAAGAAAGUGACGUUGCGCGACAUUCAGUUCUUGUUCGAAUCGGAAAAGGAUCUGUGCAAAAGUAAACUGUUGUACAGGUCGUAUCUCAAGUGAUGCACGCUCCCUCUUGUCAGUGUUGUUGUGAUAUUUACGUUCUCGAUUUGUCCGUUUCGAAGUUGCGCGGAACGCCACCGCCACCUAUCUUUGUUCAUUGUUACUACCAUUAAAACUUGUACAUUUUCUGUAAGAUAGCAAACGGUGAUGAUUAAAGUUGACUCUUUAAAGAGAGGUAAGUCGUCGAGGCAAAUCUAAACAAUUAAAAGGUAAAAACGUUCUUUUAUCAAUCACCCUGUACGAUAUUCAAUUAGUCACACGAUUUUUUUUUACUUUUUACCGCAUAAUAAAGAUGUUGACUUCUAGUGUUCAUAAUUAAGAAAUGUGCAAAAAAUUACUCAUAAUAGAAGUAUAUUUUUUAUAACAUUAGUAAACGUUUUUUACUGAGUGACAUAACGUUAUUUUAUCGUUUGUACCACAGUGUAAAGUUGAUCUAGCACUAAAUCAAGUAUUAUACACUGCGCUUCAAAAUUAACGCACAGCAAGUA